AUGGAGGGGGGACGAUGACCGCGCGGGUGACGACGGGAUGAGGACGAUCUGCGAUGUCUGCGAGAGCGCGGUGGCGGUGCUCUUCUGCGCGGCCGACGAGGCCGCGCUCUGCCGCCCCUGCGACGAGAAGGUACAUAUGUGUAACAAACUUGCUAGUCGGCAUGUAAGGGUUGGGCUUGCAGACCCUAAUAAGUUAGUACGCUGUGAUAUAUGUGAAAAUUCUUCUGCUUUCUUCUAUUGCGACAUAGAUGGCACAUCACUUUGCUUAAGCUGUGAUAUGGCUGUUCAUGUUGGUGGGAAACGAACCCAUGGAAGAUAUUUGCUCCUAAGACAACGGGUCGAAUUUCCAGGAGAUAAACCAGGGCAUAUGGAUGACGUAGCUAUGCAACAGAUGGACACUGAAAACCCGAGGGACCAAAAUAAGGCCCAUUUAGUAGCAAAGGAGCAAAUGAUGAACAACCACAAUGCCUCUGAUGAUCCGGCCUCAGAUGGCAAUUGCAAUGGCCAGGGUAACAUUGAUUCCAAAAUGUUUGAUCUCAACAUGAGACCAGCCCGUAUUCAUGGCCAAGGUUCGAGCUCUCAGACCCAAGGAGCGGAUCUUAGUCUCAACAACCAUGACUCUUCAGGAGUGGUGCCAACAUGCAAUUUCGAACGAGCCACCGACAAGUGAACAUCCGAGUAUUGGAAUGUAAAUUCCUUCGGUUCUUGUUGUAAACAUUUCUUCCGCACCGGGAGCUUGAAUUAGCUUUAGCCUUAGUGGCCGGGCUGAAUGUAUUGCAGGGACCUUAGAACUUGUGUUAUUUUCUCAUAGAGCUGAAGCUAACGACUGUAUAUGGAUUCGGCAUGGCAUGCACUAGACGCUAUGUUGCGGAUUUCUGUUGUAUGCUAUCAGGAACUGUACAAAGAAAUAAUAGAUCUCUCAUUUUCCAAA